AUGCUUCGCCGGGCAGGCAUCGGUUGCCGUGGCAUUCUUUUCAGCCCUCUUAGCCCCCCCGCUGGGGGAGGGAAUGUCUCACCGUACGCGACGGAUGGGGGCCACAUCCCUGUUUUUUCCUUCCUCCACGGCCGGAUCCAGCGGCGGAAUUGGGUCUUCCGGAACCCCGAGUGGUGCGACAUCUGCAAUGAGCCCGUGGGGCAAUGGCUGAACCACCAAGGCCGCAAGGACCACGCGCUGAUGGAUAUGCACUACACCGCUCUGGUCGAGUUCCCGCGGCGGUGGAAUCCGGAGGGCGUCCUGCGCUCCUUCUCUGAGGCACUGGGUGUGGAUCUGAUGGCCUACCAUUCGCAGUACGGGCAGAACGAACGCCACCAUCGAAACGAGCUCUACGCGAUGAUGAUGACUCUGGAAGAGGCUGGAAUGCUCUAUUUCGCAGAGCCAAAAAACACCUACCUAUAUCGGAUGCAAGGUGGGCUCCGUGGGAUGGAUCAUCAGGGCGCACUGGUGCUGCAUGAGUACAUCCUCGGGCCCUUCUUCCGGCUCUACCCAGAUGCCCACAUUCAGGAUUUUUCGAAUCUUGUUGACUUUAUCACCUGCUCCUAUAACAUGGAGACGGUCUACGAUCUGUGUGGGUUCUACACCCUCGACAAGGUGGCACUCAAAGCGAACUACAAGCCCACUUCCCCUGCGGCUUUGGGGCUUGGCGGCAUCGCGACCACGUCGUCCCCUGCGAGUGGCUUCGAAAGUCAGGCAGCCUUGGGAUCUACAACUCCCACUCCGAGUGGAAGUGGUAAUGCCUCCGCUACGCGUAUUCGUACAAAAUAUCAGGAUGAUAUUGACGAGGAAGCGUUUUCACGGAAAGCCACUUUUGUACGACAGGUGCUUGGGCAGCUGCGUUGGCUGACAACUCAAAAUCAGACACAUCCGGCGGGCUUCACCUUCCCGGAGCAUAUCAUUUCCCUUGGUGAAAUUUGUUUGAGGUCUCUAGUGGUUGAGAUCAUCAUAGUACGGUUAGCUGAAUAUAUGGUUCGUGCAGAACCCGUCUGGCGUAGCUUUGGUUUUGAGAGAAAGCGCCUCCAGAUGCAGGAGCAUACGCGAAAACCCCAUGAUGUGCUGCCGGAACCGGUAGUGUAUCGCUAUCGGCCUAUGUCUGAGAAAAUGGAUGAUUUGUAUUUUGAAAAAUCCGGCAAGCUUGACAAGGAGGUGUGCGACAGACUGCGGCAAAAGCGACUUCCCAUUCCUCAAGAGUUUUCUGCUAGGGUGUAA